AACAUCUUUUCCUAAAGUUGACGUGGAGGUGUAGUUGUACGAUGGCUGACACUAAAGUAGAAAUUUCUGCUGAUAACUCCAGUACAAUACAGAAUCCAAAUGCGUCCUCUCAACCUAAUAAUCCUCUAUCAAGGAAACUUAAUAAAAUACUGGAGACGAGACUUGACAAUGACAAGGAGAUGCUGGAGGCUCUGAAGGCUCUUUCCAUCUUCUUCACCGAGAACAGUCUGAGAACCAGAAGAAACCUUCGAGGUGACAUUGAGAGACGAAGCCUGUCCAUCAAUGAGGAGUUUGCACGAAUAUUUAAGGAAGUGAAAGAAGAGCUUGAAAGUGUUCAUGAAGAUGUUCAAGCCAUGAGCACAUGUUGUGAUGAAAUGACCAGCAGGUUAAAGGCUGCGAAGGAGCAAACUCAGGACUUGAUCGUCAAAACCAACAAACUCCAGGGAGAAAAUCACCGCCUGGAGGUAAGAGCCCAAGUUGCCCAGGCGUUCCUCGCCAAGUUCCAGCUAACCAACGAGGAGAUGGUCAUCCUGCGUGGGGCUCGGGAUACACCCAUAACAGAGGAUUUCUUCAAAGCUCUCAGUCGGGUGAAGCACAUCCAUGAGGAUGUUAAGGUCCUCUUGCGAACCAAUCAACAAACAGCAGGACUAGAGAUCAUGGAGCAGAUGGCCGUGUUACAGGAGACAUCAUAUGAACAGCUCUACCGCUGGGCUCAGAAUGAAUGCAGAGGACUGACCCAAGAGACCUGUGAUAUCAGCCCAGUGUUGACUCAAGCUAUGGAAGCUCUUCAGGAUCGACCCGUUCUGUACAAGUACACGCUGGAUGAGUUUGGGACUGCGCGCCGAUGUGCUGUGGUCCGAGGAUUCAUCGACGCGCUCACUCGCGGUGGUCCAGGUGGAACCCCCCGCCCCAUAGAGAUGCAUUCACAUGACCCUAUGAGGUAUGUUGGGGACAUGCUGGCCUGGCUGCAUCAAGCUACAGCCUCAGAGAAGGAACAUCUAGAAGCUCUACUGAAACAAGUCACUCUGCAAGGUGUUGAAGAGAACAUGCAGGAGGUGGUCGGACACAUAACUGAGGGGGUUUGCAGACCUCUAAAAGUUCGGAUAGAGCAGGUCAUUGUGGCCGAGCCCGGUGCUGUCCUGCUUUACAAACUGUCUAACCUGUUAAAGUUCUACCAUCACACCAUCAGCUCUAUCAUUGGAACCAGCGUGGCCUCACUGCUCAUUACAAUUGAAGAAAUGCACAUCCUCAGCAAAAAGAUGUUCUUUAACAGCCUAAGCCUUCAUGCAAGCAGACUCAUGGACAAGGUGGAGCUGCCACCUGCUGACCUGGGACCCACAGCCUCCCUCACUCAGACGCUGUCCCUCCUCCGGGAGGUGCUGGCCUCCCACGAUUCCUCAGUAGUUCCUCUAGAUGCACGCCAGGCUGACUUUGCUCAGGUGCUUUCUUGCAUCUUGGAUCCACUCCUACAGCUGUGCACUGUGUCGGCCAGUAACCUAGGCACUGCUGACAUGGCCACCUACAUGGUCAACUCACUGUACGUUAUGAAGACCACCCUGGCUCUGUUUGAGUUCACUGACAAGAGGCUUGAGAUGCUCGAGUUCCAGAUCGAGGCUCAUCUCGAUACGCUGAUCAACGAGCAGGCGUCCUACGUGCUGACCAGAGCCGGACUGAGCUACAUCUAUAGCUGCGUGCAGCAGCACAGCACCGAGCAGGGCCCUCUGUCCCUCCUGCCCAGCAUGGACAGCUCUUCUGUGAAAGCAGCCAUGGUCCAGUUUGAUAGGUACUUAUCAUCACCUGACACUCUCGUGAUGCCGCAGCUGAACUUCCUGCUCAGUGCAGCCAUCAAGGAGCAGAUUUUCCGUCAGUCCACGGAGCUGGUGUGCCGAGCUUACGGGGAGGUGUACUCGGCGCUGAGUAGCCCGACUAAUGGCUACAAGGACCCGGAGAACCUGGUACCCAGAUCACCUCAGCAGGUUCAGACCUUACUGUCCUGAGAAAAAAAAAAAAAACGCAAAAACAGACGCACCACGAGGGCGAACGGCAGAGUCGGACAUCUUGUUAUUUAAAGAACUGUGUAAUUUGUACAGCGUAAUAACAUAAAUGUAUAUAAAUGUGGCCGUUAAGGUGGGGUUCUUUGCGGAACAUGUGGGAUGUGGGUCACUGACUUCGGAGAGAGCACAUCUGUAUAUAGAGCCUCGUAUGUGCCAGGAGGAAAGAACAUUAUAUGUAUAUGAUCCAUUUACUGCAGGCGGUCUGCUUGUUUUUCACUCUGUACAGUACAUACAGUGUCUCCCUCUGUUUUCAACAACACUUUGCGGGCAAUAAUUGUACAAAACAGUGCCUUUUAUUGAAAAUACUGCACAUAAAACAAAGCGAUACACUGAC